AUGAAGUUGGAUCUUUGUACAGUUAAUCCUAGUAUUGAGCAGCAUGGUUUUGUAAAUACCAGAAGGUCUGAUCCAUGGGUUUGUCCUCCUCAAGGGUUUUGUAAAAUUAAUUGGGAUGUGGCGGUUGAUAAACACUUGUAUAAAAUAGGAAUUGAGGUAGCUGUCAGAGAUGAUAUGGGUAAUUUUUUGGCAACCUUGAGGAAAAAUCUUAGCUCUUUACCUGAUCCGAACCUUGCUGAGGCAAUAGCAGCAGGUAUUGCAGCAAAGUUUGGAGUUGAUUUAGGCAUGAGAAGGAUCAUUCUUGAAGGAGACUCCAAAAAGGUAGUCACUGAACUCAACCUCAAGAAGCAUAAUAGGAGCUACUUUGGGAUGAUCAUUCGCGAUGUUCAAGACACAAUAGCAAAGAUGCAAGCAUGUAGAGUCACUCAUGUGCACAGAGAAGGCAAUUAUGUUGCCCAUAAUCUAGCUAAGGCUGCUUUAUAUGUUACUGAUUACGUUGUUAACAUGGAGGAAACUCCAUUGUUUCAUCACAUCUUGUAA